AUGUCUGCAAAUUUCCUCUCGGGUGUAGAGAGCAAGAAGCUUGAAUUUCUGGUCUCUCUUGCAAUGGGGAGUGACAAAAUAGACAACGUUCUGGCCAAAGAGACAAAGGAAAUGAACAAAGGUCUACUGAGAAGCCAGCUGCUGCCUGGGACCCAGGAGGGCCAGAGGUGUGCCAGCUGUCUGGACUGCCCGCUGUGCCCACUAGAUGGCGCGCUGGCUGUGCAGCACCAGCUCCGAGUGAACGUGUCCACCGCGGCGCUGCCCGGCGACUUCCGAGAGGUCCUCCAGCGGCGACUGGGGGAGCUGGAGAGUCAGCUGCUGCGCAAGGUGGCCGAGCUGGAGGACGAGAAGUCCCUGCUUCACAAUGAGACCUCCGCUCACCGGCAGAAGACUGAGAGCGCGCUGAACGCUCUGCUGCUGAGGGUGACUGAGCUGGAGCGAGGCAACAGUGCGUUCAAGUCUCCUGAUGCGUUCAAAGUGUCCCUCCCCCUCCGCACAAACUACCUGUACGGCAAGAUCAAGAAGACGCUGCCUGAACUGUAUGCCUUCACCAUCUGCCUGUGGCUGCGAUCUAGCGCCUUGCCGGGCAUCGGCACCCCGUUUUCUUACGCGGUGCCUGGGCAGGCCAAUGAGAUUGUGCUGAUCGAGUGGGGUAACAACCCCAUUGAGCUGCUCAUCAACGACAAGGUUGCACAGCUGCCCCUGUUCGUCAGUGACGGCAAGUGGCACCACAUCUGUAUCACUUGGACGACACGGGAUGGCAUGUGGGAAGCUUUCCAGGAUGGAGAGAAACUCGGCACGGGGGAGAACCUGGCCCCCUGGCACCCUAUCAAGCCAGGGGGGGUGCUGAUCCUUGGGCAAGAACAGGACACUGUUGGGGGCAGGUUCGACGCCACACAGGCAUUUGUGGGGGAGCUCAGCCAGUUCAACAUAUGGGACCGUGUCCUUCGCGCACAAGAAAUUGUCAACAUCGCCAACUGCUCCACAAACAUGCCAGGCAACAUCAUACCCUGGGUGGACAACAACGUUGAUGUGUUUGGAGGGGCUUCAAAGUGGCCCGUGGAGACCUGUGAGGAGCGUCUCCUUGACUUGUAG